AUGUCCUCUCCGUCUGCGGUUGCCGAUCUCUUGGCCGCGCUCGCUUACCGGCUUCAAAGCGGAAAUGUAGUUCUCGAAGAAGAACUACAGGAGACUUCCUCAUCUAUGGGACUUGCUAUCUCAGAGCUUAACCGAUCUCUGACUCUGGACAUGGGCGGCGAGGAUUCCGGGGUCAGGGUUUUGGACGCGGCGACAUCUCUAAUGUGCUUCAAGGCACCUCAGGUUUUUGAUUCGGCGAUUGAGUAUCUGGUGAAGACAAUUGUCUGCGUCUUAUCAUCUUCAAUCAGUUUUAGGGUAAUGAAGUAUCACAACGAAGACACAUUACAGUAUAUGAGCUCGAAUCUACCUGGGUGCUCUGAUGAAUUGAUCCAAGUCUCUAAAGAGAUCAUUGAUAAAUUGGGGGCAAACGGAAAAUUGGCUACAAUGUUGUUCCAAGCUGUUGUGAGAUCGGCAGCUUCAACAUCAUGCAGCGUUAUCGCUCCUAGAAAGAAGUCAAUGGAUGGAAGAAAUAGGGCCUGUGUCUCUAAACUUGUUACUUGCUUACCGAGAGUAUCAUCUAUAGAGAACCACGAAAUACCACUGAGGUUUGACCUCUUGCACUGUAUUCUAGUCCAAGCUAUGAUCCUGUUCUGGUAUGAAGAUCCAUUGUCUUUGAAAGAAGAUGUUUCCAGAAUCUUGAAAUAUGUGUGUUUACAUCAUUUCAAGACCAGUGUGGUUGGGUAUACCAAUGGAACUAGCUUCCUUGUUGCCAUUCUCUCUGAUGCAUACUUUCCUUUCCAGUGUCAAUUUCUGAGAAUCUUGGCUGGUCCUCUCACCUCCAAGUCACUAGUGAUGUUAGCUCAUACUAUCAGUAAACCAAUUACUGUUCCUGAGCAACAACGUUGGAACACUAAUUGCAAGCCUACUCCAAUGAAGUUUCAAGCAUUAGAUGAUAAAACCGAGUGGGCUUUGGCUAUUAACUUCCCGGAUUGGUUUUAUUUUGCUUCUGCUAUGCUCUUCUCAGAAGGAAACUCGUUAGAACAUAUCCACCGUACAAACACUUCACAAGUUGCUGGCAGUAGACAAGGAAGUGAUGUUGAAGGUAUCUCCAUUGCUGCGGCAACAUAUCUUGCUUGGAUUCUGUACCCUGUAAGUGGAGCCAUCCAAGAAUCACUAACCAAGUCUCUCAUUAGCGUCUCAGAGAUAUGCACCAGAAAAAGUUGCGGCUCAGAAGCAAAUCGUAGUGAGACUAUAACUGGCAAGAGAAAGAAACCAGAUAGACUCAAAGUAAACGUUUCCAGUACUGUGGAAGAUCUGGUCAGAGAAUUUCACAAGAACAUCACCAGUUCGGUUUCUUAUGAAUUGGAUUCUCAGAAAAAGCUUCCAUCUUUCAUCUCUGGCCUCCAAAACAAUUUGUUGGUAAGAAGAGUUGUGGUUGGUGUACUGAUUGGCUCUCCAUAUUCAGUAGCAGAUGAGCAGUAUGAGGUGGUACUGCACUACGCUGCAACUGGGAACAUCCUUACCAUUAAGAAACGGCGAACUUCCGGAUUCAUACAAGCAAAGGGAACCUCUAAAGUAUCUGCUUUGUUGUCGAAUGAAAUCACCAAGGAGGAGGCUGUUGAAGGGACACGUCUUGUUUUCAACUUAACCGACACUUUGGAGAGUAUGUGUGUAUCAAGUUUUGAAGCUGAAGAGGACGCCGAGGAGUUUAUCAACCGGUUUAAGCUGAAAUCGAGCAAGUAUUUGGUGAAAUGCAUUGACAGAUUGAUUCAACUUCACUGUGAAGAAGAUGGAGAUUCAAUACUAAGUGACUUGAAUACCAGACUGCUACAGUGGACAUUAAAAGGACGAGAAGAUCCACAGUUUAACGAAGAUCUUGAUAAUAUCGCUGCUAAACUGGCCUUCAUAUUCUCGCCUGUGUAA